CUGCAGCUGCGACCGGCCGGGAAGCCCUGGGCCCCGUCUCCACCGCCGACCGAGGGCAGCGGGCUCUGCCCGCCGCCGCUUUCUGCGACCUGGCCGUCAGCCCCACGUCGCCGGCCUGGAGGGGCAAAGAGGACGAGGGGGCCGCGGCUUCCUCCGGGGACCUCGGCUGCCUGGAUUGCCAGGAGCUGGAAGUUGACAUUGAAUCCAGGCUGAGGAUGGAAGGUGUGGAGCUGAAAGAAGAAUGGCAGGAUGAAGAUUUUCCAAUACCUUUACCAGAAGAUGACAGUAUUGAAGCAGAUAUACUAGAUGUUACUGGUCCAGACAGCCAACCUGGCUCAUUAGAAGUUAAUGGAAAUAAAGUUCGUAAGAAACUAGUGGCCCCAGACAUCAGCCUGACCCUGGAUCCUAGUGAAGGCUCCGUGUGGUCGGAUGAUUUGGACGAAGGUGGGGAGGUUGACCUGGAUGGCUUAGACACCCCAUCCGAGAACAGCGAUGAGUUUGAAUGGGAAGAUGAUCUUCCCAAACCCAAAACUACUGAAGUCAUUAGGAAAGGCUCAAUUACUGAGUACACAGCCACCGAAGAGAAGGAAGAUGGGCGCCGCUGGCGCAUGUUCAGGAUUGGAGAACAGGACCACAGGGUGGAUAUGAAGGCAAUCGAACCCUACAAAAAAGUUAUUAGCCAUGGAGGCUAUUACGGGGAUGGUUUAAAUGCCAUUGUUGUGUUUGCUGUCUGUUUUAUGCCUGAAAGUGGUCAGCCUAACUAUAGAUAUCUGAUGGACAAUCUCUUUAAGUAUGUUAUUGGCACUUUAGAGCUGUUGGUAGCAGAAAACUACAUGAUCAUCUACUUAAACGGUGCAACAACUCGAAGGAAAAUGCCCAGUCUGGGCUGGCUCCGGAGAUGCUACCAGCAGAUUGAUCGACGAUUACGGAAAAACCUGAAGUCUCUAAUCAUUGUUCACCCUUCAUGGUUUAUCCGAACCCUUCUGGCUGUUACAAGACCAUUUAUCAGUUCAAAAUUCAGUCAGAAAAUUAGAUACGUCUUUAAUUUGGCAGAGCUCGCGGAGCUUGUUCCCAUGGAGUACGUCGGCAUACCAGAGUGCAUCAGACAGUAUGAAGAAGAAAAGUUUAAAAAGAGACAAAAAAGAGUUGAUCAAGAGCUUAAUGGAAAACAAGAACCAGCAAACAGUGAGCAGUAGGUUCAGCGUCCUGUCCAGAUGAGACAAAGAGCGCCAGGGAAGCUCGUAGUGCAUUCAUGGCUCGAGUUUUUAUGUAAUCUGUUACAAAAUUUACUUGACUCCUUUCCAAGUGGACUCUUAUAUAAGGGACUGUUCACUGCUGUAAUGGUUUGCAAUUCUUGAAUUUAGCUCUUUCAUGACUAAUUAUAUUGUAAUCAUUUUAUAUUGCUGAAUAGCAGAGAACUACACUUUAUAUAAAGCAAUUUUUGCAUUUGUUUAUUUGAAUGAUGCAUCUUCAGUAAAAUAUUUAUAUACAUAAAUGACAAAGGAAAGAAAUAAUAUAUAUUUUUUAUGUUGGGGGCAAUAUUUUUUAGUGUGUACCUAUCGUGGAAGAAUACACACAAUUUGAAAUGUAAAGGCAUGUAAGACUUGUUUUUGUACAUGGUUGGAUACAUUUCCUGGGUAACUUAGGCUGAUUUGUCCUAAAACAGGGACAGUUAAACUGAUGCGGAGUGCCUGGGGUCAUGCACAUGAUCUAGUCAGUAGUAGCAGCCCGAGCUUCUCCUCACCUGAAAGCACAUUGCUUCUUAAUGUGGUGGAAGUAUAGGCAGGUGAACAGCUCACUUUCCUCUCGAAAUACAUGUUAGAACCAGAGAUUUUGAGAAGCUAGUAUUUAGGGUGUGUAUAUAUGUAUAUAAGGGACAUUUAUUUUACCCAAAGUCAGAGCUGUUUUAAAAAGAAAGAGAAAAAGAAAGAAAGAAAGAAAGAAAGAAAGAAAGAAAGAAAGAAAGAAAGAAAGAAAGAAAGCUCUUAAGAUGUGUUCACUAAUGUGAAGUGAGUUGUGUCCAUGUGUGUGAUGCUGUGAGGUAUGCAGACUGUGGUCAGUGUUCAUGGUCAGCUGCAUCUGUAGAGCAGAUGGGCUACUAUUGACGUGCCCAGAGUACUUCCUUGUCAGUUAUUUGACCACAGUACUAUCUGACCUGAGUAGAUAGGUCUUCCUGUAGCUGUUGGGUGGCAUGACAGUGCUAGACAUGGGUCUGUUCUCUUAAGUGUUGGAGCACCACUGGUAUGCACUCAGGAUGACAUUUUUUGUACGUAAGUCUUUAUUUCAUGUGGUUAAGUACCUUGACUGAACAUUGAAAUAAAUUUUAUUUUUGCCUCCAAGCAGGGUUUAAUUAUCUACAAAAUAAUUCUCAAACAACAACUUGGUCUAGUCUUGGGUCAUGAACUUGUCUGGCAUGUACAUAUUUAGUUGAUGUAUCGGCUUCACACCACCCAGUCUUUCCUGUCAGCUGUUUACAAAAGUGACCUAGCACAGCAAAAUUAAAUCAGGUAUGAACUAAACUUAGAAGAUUAUUCCCUCCUGUACUGAACACGGGACCUUUCCUGGUGUCAGUUUUUAGUGUUAAGCUUCUAUUGCAAAAGGGAAUUUUUCUUUACUUCUUUGUCCUUUGCAGGCAUAAAUUUGACCUGCUAGUUAAAACAAUCACAGCCAAGCUGGAGGACUCUGGGUAAAAUAUUGCUCCACAACCUCUCAGCUUGGAUCCAGCUCUCCAGGCAAGGCCUAUGCUAGCUAGUGUCAUUGUAGUAUACUGAGCCAGAACCAUUUGACUCGUGUUGGUGAAGGGAACUUUAGAAGAGCUGUAUAAAGCCUGGCAUGAUGGCAUCCAUCUUUAAUCCCAACACUUGGGAGGUAAAGGCAGACAGAGCUCUAUGAGUUUAAGGCCUGGGCUAUAUAGUUCUGUAGACAUCCUUCUGUACUUAACCCCGAGAAUCAUGAGUAGCUUGUAGAAGGUCUCAUCCACCUCUCUCUUUCCAAAUAGGCUGAGCUUUGUCACUGGUUUUCUUCCACAUAAAGUACUUGGAUCUUCAGUUUCAAAAUACAGACAGUAGCUUCAGCUUUUUAUUUUGUUUACUUUUUUCAGAAGUGAUUUUUUUUUCCCUCAACUUUUAAAGAAUAGAAGUAGCCUAUAUUCAGUUUAGAGCAUUAAAGUUCAAGAGGGACUAGAGAGCUGGCUCAGUGAUUGUAAGAGCACUUCCAAGUUUGUUGCCAGCACUCACAGCUGGCAGUUCAUGCCCACCUGCAACUCCAGCUCCAGGGGAUUUGAUGCCCUCUCUGGCUUCUGGGCACCUGCAUACCAUAGUGGCAUCCAAAGUACCAUACACACACAUACACAAAGCUAAAUCUUUUUUAAAUGAAUAAAAUUCAGGAUGGACAUCCAAGUAUCAUGGCAUAUGCCUUGAAUCCCAGUACUAGGAAGUCUGAGAGAGGAGAUUCUCUGUAAGUUUGAGGCCCAUCUAGCAAACCUCGACUCAAGGGAAAAAGGGAACACUGCUAACAACUUGAAUUACGGGGAAAACCUGCUUUAACCUACACUUGAAUGUAGUAUAGGGCUGCAGCCACAAUAAGUGUAAACCUGCCUGUGAGUCUGGGCUGAUGACUGGUAGGCUAGAGGAAAAGCCAUAUUCAGUUGAUUUUUAACUGGUAAUGGUAUAACAUUUUCCUGCAUCAUUGUAUUUAAUUCCUAUUACUAAUUGGGUUGAAAAUGCAUAGAAUAAUCCUUUGAGUUUGCUGAGGUCAUGGAUAAACUUGACAAGUUUAAUUUAUGUUUUAUUACCAUCUUUGUUACACUUUGGCUCUCACUACUCCUUUGUAUCAAAAGUUUUUUAAAAAAAUAAUGUGAUUCUGUGUUCAGCUUGUGUUCCUGAAAAAGCACCAAGAGAAGCAUGAUGUCUCUGUGAAGCCUUUAACUCAAGGACGCAAGUGGUGCCAGGGAGUGUGGUGCUAAACUGAGUUAGAAGGUAAAGUGAGAAAAAGGCCAUUAUAAAGACUUGGGUGUUACCUAUAUGCCACCAAAAGCGUCCCUCUUAAGGCAAGUACUCUGUAUGGCAGCAGGUGGUUCUACUUCCUGUAUCCACAGGGAAAGUAGAGGUCACAUAAGGUAUGGCCUGAGAAGGAGACUGCCAGUGACCCUCGUAAUGACAAUUUUGUUCUCUGUUCUUUUGUCUUUAGAUAGAAAUGGGUCUGAACAGUGACAUAGUGUCAAAGUUGAAAUGCUUCCUGCCUUUUGCAGUUAGCAAACAUUAAUACAGACUUUUGUGCCAAGUGUCACAACUUAGUGUCACCAGCUCCCUGACAGUAUUCUUCCAGAGGACUUACAUCUCAUCCCUGUGGCCAUGGCAUGAGAGCGCUCAGGGACGUGAAGAGGCAGUCGCAUGUCGCGGUGAAUGGCUCCGCUGGGAAUUAGCACUAGGAUUCUUGUAGUAGAGCAGGCCAGUUUCUUGAUGGACUCGGUAGAUCUGCAUGAAGAUGACAGUAGCUUUGGCCUUCUUUUUCCUGUGUUACACGUGGAAAAUGGUUGGCAGGUGGUGAUGGCACACGCUUUUAAUGUCAGCACUCCAGAAGGCAGAGGCAGAAGGAUCUCUGAGUUUGAGGCCAGCCUGGCCCUCCCAAGAGUUGCCUCAUUGUUUUCUUAGAGAAACCAAACUAGUGAAGAUUGAUGUUCAGGGCUGCUGGCUUGCACAGCCUUGGUGCUGGUCACAGAAAUACAAUUCAGAGUUCACCAGAUACUACUUUGAUUCAUAUCAAAAGUAUUUUCAUUACAAGCUCACAUGCUGUCAUUUAGACAAAGUUAACUUCCUGUGACCUUCUUUGCUAUUCUUGUGUUUACUGGUACUGUCAUUUCAGUGAGAGUCCAGCCUGUUUGCAGACACAGGUUGUUAAUGGCAGUUAGUGAGCAGCCCCUCAGCAGCAAAAUGUGCUCUUCUGUUGGCUUGUUAUGAAUACAGUGGUGUGUCCUGUUUGUUGCACAUAUUAUUACAUUAAUGCAUUUUAAUAAAUUAGUUGGAAUAUA